AUGGGCUUGCACACAGAGGAGGAGCCCAUCGUCGUGGAUGACAUCGCUUACGACAAUGAAAAUGAGAGGAACGCCGAUCAAUGCACCUCCCGUGGCUGCAUGUGGGGAAAAUCUAACGACGGGAAGGUCUACGUGCCCUACGUCAUUGCAGACAUUAUUGUAACGCAGGGUUGCGUCUACCACAGCACCGUCCAGCACGAGCUGCUCCACGCCCUCGGCUUCAACCACGAGCAGUGUCGCUCAGACAGGGACCAGCACAUCCGCAUCCUGUGGGAGAACAUCCGGUCUGGUGAUGAUAAGAGGCCUGACAACACAGUGCUGCUUGGGACAUCAGAUCAGCUGUUUUAA